GCCUGCUCAGGCAGCAGUCGGGCACCACCCGGAUAAGAGACCCGGAAGGGUCCUAAGGAGGGGUUCGGGGGCGGAGCCUGGGCGUCAGCACGUGGGGGCUGGCAGCGAGGCCUGGGAAGGAGCGCCAUGGGCGGCCAGGAGAAAAAGAAGUAUGAGAGGGGUUCUGCCACUAACUACAUCACCAGAAACAAAGCCCGGAAGAAGCUUCAGCUGAGCCUUCCAGAUUUCAGGCGACUCUGCAUUCUCAAGGGGAUUUAUCCUCAUGAGCCCAAGCACAAGAAGAAGGUCAACAAAGGCUCUACAGCUGCCCGCACUUUCUAUCUCCUGAAAGAUAUCAAAUUUCUCCUUCAUGAGCCGAUCGUCAACAAGUUCCGGGAAUAUAAGGUGUUUGUCCGCAAAUUACGGAAGGCAUACGGGAAGAGUGAGUGGAAUACUGUGGAGAGGCUAAGGGAUAACAAACCCGGUUACAGAUUGGAUCACAUUGUGAAGGAGAGGUAUCCCACCUUCGUGGAUGCCCUGCGGGACCUGGACGACGCCCUCUCCAUGUGCUUCCUCUUCGCCACCUUCCCGCGCACGGGCAAGUGUCACGUGCAAAGCAUCCAGCAAUGCCGCCGGCUGACCGUGGAGUUCCUCAACUACGUCAUUGCUUCGCGCUCUCUGCGCAAGGUGUUCCUGUCCAUCAAAGGCAUCUACUACCAGGCUGAGGUGAUGGGGCAGCUCAUCACCUGGAUCACGCCAUAUGCCUUUUCACACAACCACCCAACAGAUGUGGACUACAGGGUGAUGGCCACCUUCACAGAGUUCUACUCCACGCUCCUUGGCUUUGUCAACUUCCGCCUCUACCAGUCCCUCAACCUGCACUACCCACCCAAGAUCGAAGGCGCGACCGCAGGAGAGCUGAAAGCGGAGGAAGAGGAGUCGUAUGCCUUGGACUCGGAGAGCUACAUGGAGAAACUGUCAGCGCUCAGUGCCAGCCUGGCCCGGGUCGUAGCCCCAAACCCAGAGGAGGAGGCCGAAGUGGAUGAGUUUCCUGUGGAGGGAGAGAGUGCGGAGCAAGAGGAGACCCGGCAGAAAGAGCAGGAGGCGCUGGAGAAGCAGAGGAAGCUCUUCGAAGGGUUGCGCUUCUUUCUCAACAGGGAGGUGCCGCGGGAGCCCCUGGCUUUUGUUGUUCGGUGCUUCGGGGGCGAAGUGUCCUGGGAUAAAUCGGUGUGUAUCGGCGCAACCUACGAUGUGAAGGAUCCAACCAUCACCCACCAGAUUGUUGACCGGCCUGUUAUGGAGAAGCAAGUCAUUGGCAGGUAUUACCUCCAGCCCCAGUGGGUCUUCGACUCCGUCAAUGCCAAGCUGUGCCUUCCGGUGGCGGAUUAUUUCCCUGGCGUGCUGCUGCCUCCCCAUCUCUCGCCGUUUGUGACAGAAAAGGAGGGAGACUACAUCCCGCCAGAGAAGCUGAAGCUGUUAGCCCUGCAGAGAGGCGAGGAGCCAGCAGGAGAAGAGAGUGGAUCGGGAGAGGAGGAGGAGGAAGAUGAUGACGAUGCAACGGAAGGCUCUGAGGAGGAGGAGGAGGAUGAAGAAGAUGAGGGAAGGCUGAAGAAGAUGGAAGCACAGAGAUCCCAGAGCAAGAACCUCCCAGUGAAGGUGACGGCUGGCAAGGCGUUGAAAGAGGACAAGCAGCGGCUGGCGCAGGAGCAGCAGAGCGAGGAGAAACGCCUGGCCAUCAUGAUGAUGAAGAAGCGGGAGAAAUACCUCUACCAGAAGAUCAUGUUUGGGAAGAAGCGCAAGAUCCGAGAGGCUAAUAAACUGACCGAAAAGCGAAAAGCUCAUGAUGCUGCAGUGAAGUCGGAGAAGAAAAAGAGCAAGAAAGUGCGAAGGGAGUGAUGUGGGCCCCUGGUCUCAGCCUGUCCCUUUCUACUCAGGCUUACAAGAUGGACGCUUUCAGCCCAGCGUGGCCCUCUCGCCCAAAGGUGGGAAGCCGUGGGAUCUCCAGCUCUUCAGACCUCUUUCCCUCCCCCUCUGAAAUCGUGCUCUUCCAAGACAGGAGCACAGAUACCUUGGCCAUGGGCUUCAGGGCAGGGGGGGUAUCCACAUCUAUUUGAAUUCUCCUCUUCCCAUGAAGGGUUCCUCAGGACGUGAGGCCCCCAUGACGUCCCAACUCAGCCAACUGGAGCCCAUUGGUCAGAGUUGUUUCUGGUUUGGUCAGGAGAUGCUGUUUCUGAGGGGAAAUGCUUGCUUCUCCCAGCUGAUAAACUGUAGAGUCACUUAAGAGUCUGCUCUUCUUCUGUCCAAGAAGAUAGUGGGGUUUUCCACACAUGCUUCCUUUGGGGAGUUCUCUCUCCCUCUUUGGCUAUUUUAGCAGAUUAGGAGCUGAAAAUACUAGAGAGGGUAUUCCUUUCCCCCACUUUUUUUAGUGUCACUAUAUUCUGGUGAGUGUAUGGAGGAAUGUUGUGCCUCUUAGAGCAGGGGAUGGGCAAUCUUGGGCCUCCAGCUGCUGUUGAACAGUUGUGGCUGAGGAUGAUGGGAGUUGUAGUUCAACAGCCACUGGAGGGCUAAGAUUGCCCACCCAUGUCUCGGAGGGUAGAAUAUCUUGGAGUUGUUGCCUUGCUUUGUAAAUACAUCUCCUGCAGCCGAUCAGCAAGAGGGCUCAAGUUUAAAAGCUUUAUCUAGAUAACAGGACAUCAUGGAAUAGAAAUGGAGGGUGAGGGUUUUCUUCUGGUCUGGUUCUGUCGUCCUAACACCUGAGCUAGGCUUGGGUAGCUGCAUAAUAUACCUUUACCCUUAACUGCUUCAGCUGUUGGAACUGAAUUUGGUAUGAACAAUUGUGGAGUCCUUUUCAUUAAACGGAACAAAACGCCAAAGAA